AUGGAUCCUUAUCUACAAUUAACUGCCAUUGUUGUCUUCGUUUCCUUAAUCUUUUACUUGUUGUGUUCAUUGCUUGAAAGGAAAAGGAGCAAAGAGGCUCCUGAACCAGCUGGUGCCUGGCCAAUUAUUGGCCACCUCCACCUUCUAGGCGGCGGUGAUCAGCUUCUGUACCGAACCCUUGGAGCAAUGGCGGAUAUGUACGGCUCCGCAUUUAGUAUCCGCCUUGGCAGUCGCCGUGCUUUUGUUGUGAGUAGCUGGGAAGUAGCAAGGGAAUGCUUCACCGUCAAUGACAAGGCGCUUGCUUCACGCCCUACCACCGUAGCCGCAAAGCUCAUGGGCUACAACCAUGCCGUGUUUGGAUUCGCACCCUACAGCCCCUUCUGGCGUGAGAUGCGAAAGGUUGCAACGCUUGAGCUUCUUUCGAACCGCCGGCUCGAGAUGCUCAAGCACGUUAGAGCUUCUGAAGUUGAGAUGGGGAUACGGGAGCUGUACACUUCAUGGGUCCAAAAUGGCCCCCGUCGUCCAUUGCUUGUUGAGGUUAACCGGUGGUUAGAUGAGUUGACACUUAAUGUGGUGGUCAGAAUGGUGGCCGGAAAACGUUACUUUGGGGCCUCGGCUGCCAGCUGCGACGAUGGGGAGGCCAGGAGGUGUCAAAAAGCGAUCAGCCAAUUCUUUCAUCUGAUAGGAAUUUUUGUGGUGUCGGACGCACUUCCGUUUCUGUGGUGGUUGGAUUUGAAGGGGCAUGAAAGGGCGAUGAAGAAGACGGCCAAGGAGUUGGAUUCCAUACUUGGAGGGUGGCUGGAGGAGCAUCGUCAAAGGAGAGUUUCUGGUGAAGUUAAGGCUGAUGAGGGUGAGCAGGACUUCAUUGAUGUGAUGUUGUCACUUCAGGAGGAAGGUCAACUCUCAAAUUUUCAAUAUGAUGCAGAUACUAGCAUCAAGUCUACCUGCCUGGCGCUUAUCCUUGGUGGCAGUGACACUACAGCAGGGACACUGACAUGGGCGAUCUCAUUACUCCUGAACAAUCAACAUGCGUUGAAGAGGGCACAAGAAGAAUUAGACCUUCAUGUUGGUAUGGACAGACAGGUUGAUGAGUCGGACAUAAAAAGCCUCGUUUAUCUUCAAGCCAUUAUCAAGGAAACUCUCCGCCUAUACCCAGCCGGUCCCCUCUUAGGACCGCGGGAAGCAUUGGAAGAUUGCACCAUUGCUGGCUAUCGUGUGCCUGCUGGCACCCGAUUGGUGGUAAACGUGUGGAAGAUUCAAAGAGAUCCAAGGGCUUGGAUCAAUCCGUGUGCUUUCCAGCCAGAGAGAUUUCUCGAAGCCCAUGCGAGCGUUGAUGUUAGAGGUCAACACUUUGAACUUAUGCCCUUCGGGUCUGGCAGACGGUCAUGCCCAGGUGUCUCGUUUGCGCUCCAAGUGCUUAACUUGACACUUGCUCGUCUACUUCAUGGCUUUGACUUGUCAACCCCAUUGGAUGAAGCUGUUGAUAUGACUGAAAGCCCGGGAUUAACUAUUCCAAAAGCAACUCCAUUAGAGAUUCUCCUGACACCACGCCUUCCUGCUAAACUCUAUGGCUAUUAA